CCGUAUCAGUCCUCUGACAGAAUGUUGAUAAGGAAUUUCUUUAUCCAAAUAUCAUCUCUGCUCUACAGGUAUCUGUGAAAUAAUUUCUGAAAUGUGAAAUAUGGUUAAUUCAACAUACCUAGGGCUUUGUAUGGUUGAUAACCAACCUACAGACCCUAUUUCAAUAUGCAUAGCCACUAUGUACAUCCUUUUUGGAAUUGUCUAUACACUGUUUGGUUAUAGAUGUUUCAAAGCUGUGAUGUUUUUAACUGGAUUUAUAUUUGCAUCUGUUAUUGUUUAUCUGAUAUGUAUACAAGAAAAACGGUUUCCGACUUAUGCCAAUGCAGGGAUAGCAAUCAGUGCUGGUCUGCUGUUUGGCCUUAUAACGAUGCUGGUACAAUAUUUUGGUCUAUUCAUGACUGGCUUCCACACUGGUCUUGCGCUGGCUAUAGCUGGCCUCGUCGCAGCCGAUCAGCUUAAUUCACCACCUUCGACAUUGACCUCAGUGGCAUCAUUACUCGGAGUUGGAACGUUAUUUGCUGUGCUCAACCUUUAUUGGCAGAAAGGAUUGACUAUAUUCGGAACGUGCGUCUAUGGCGGAGGAUUGGUUACUUUUUCGGUCGACUACCUGAGUGAGUUAUUGAGGACGGUGGAGUGGCUGUGGAAGAGGCAAGGACCUCCGUGCUACCCGGUGCUCGCCCUGUGGCCCGCAGUGCUGUGCCUUGGUUUGGCCGUCCAGAUCUCGCUCACCCCCCACCACCAUCAUCACAAUGCAAAACAUGGUGGGCGAGGUGCGAGAACCAGGGAGCAAAGGGCUGAGCUGCGGCAGAAUAAAUACAGAUACCUUUAUCAAGUGAGGACAGCGCAUGGAGACAUAAUAAGCCAGAAUUAUGUUCAAGCAAUCCAGAACAAAGUUGUAGGGCCUGGUGAAACUUCAACAUUGGAAUCCGAUGCGACUCAUCUUACUAUGCUUCCCGACGGACAGACAGAUUUUUCCCGAGGAAACUAUUACCGAUAACGGAACGCUGAUACUCCGCUGUAAUACAGCGGCCAAAGUUGUAUUUGUCAUCUUUCUUUAAUAGAUGGAAACAGUUCACUGAAAAGAUGCUGCUCUUCAUGCAUGAACUUAUUAUUAUAAUUUAUUUUUCAUUUAUUUAAUUGUGUUCCAUCUUAUACUUAAUGGAAAGCACGUUAUUUAGUUAUUAUUGUUUUGCCCCAAACAUAUUUCAAGAGAGUUUUUCUUUAAAGUCAGCUGAUUUUAUGUUUAAAUUAUUAUAUUUAAUGUUAUUAUUUAUUUUUUUUAUGAGCUGUUGCCGUUGCCCAUAAAGAUUUAAGGAAAUAGAAGGAUACGUUUUUGGAAGUAUAAUCAUGUUGAAAAUUUUCUAACAUUGCACUUUGAAGGAAUAUGAUUGUUGAUCGAUUUGAUUUACAGGGUGUUAACGAAAAAUAUUUGUAGUGCAAGUUGUGAAUUUUGAAGAUAUAGUUCAACAUUAGAUAUUUUUUAAUGUCUCCUCUCUUUAAAAUAUUUAUCAUAUAUAUUUAUGUGAUGAUAUGUAUAUUACAUAGUUGUUUCAUAGUUAUAAAAUUGAUAUUUCUGUAUAUUUUUGAAGUUUUUAAUCACAAAUAUUUUAAGUAAUGUUUUAUUAAAUAAAAGCAAACUCAUAUUGGGUUUUUAAAAGAUUUAAUUAUUGGAUUAUUAUUCCUCGAGUGAUAAAUAAGUAAUUAUUUUCGAGUCAAUUUUUAAAUUUAAGAUUAAGAAUGUUUUAGCUUCUAAGUAAUGCACAAAGCAGAAAGUUUGUUUUAUUUAUUUUUGUUUUUGUUUAUUUUUAAAAUUAAUUGAUGUUUAUGUCUAGUUACGAAGAACUAUUGUUACCAGAUGUGGCCAGCAUAGUCAUUUUUGUUUUUUAUUUAUAGAUUUAUUUUUUGUUGUAACUCAGUUUGAAAGGUUUAGUUUAUUGUAAUAAUUGUAUUACAUUUGUUGAUUAAAUUUUUAUUAUUAAAUUUGUUAUCAAGUUUUAAUCAGUAUGUCUUUAAAUAUUUAAGAUCGAUGAUUGGAUUCAGUAACAGCUGAUAUUGUGCUGGGCUUAUUGCACUUAAUUAACUUUUUUUUAAUAAAAAAAAAUAAUUUUACAAUUAAAAAGUAUUAAUUUUAAUUUAUACUUUAACUGUUAAUUUUAUUUAAUUUAUUAAUUUGAAUCUGUUAGUUUUAUUUAAAAUGUUAUGUUUAGAGCCCAAACAUUUUUAUAUUUAGCAUUUUGUCCAUCUAUGGCAAACAGUUCAGCAGACAGGUUAAUCUUUUUUCUAAUCAAAUCAACCAUUUUUUUUCAAGUCUAAUUGGUCUUUUAAUAUUAUAAGAUACAUUAAAAUACAAAUAAUAAUUUUAUAAGUUUUAAUUAUCACGUUUUUUAAAUAUAAAAAACUUGUAUACCUAAACCAACUUAUAUACUUAAAACAAUUUUUUUUAUAAAAUUAUAAUUAACUUUUCUCUCAUUUUUUAACAACAUAAUUUAUUUUUAUUAUUUGAAUAAAAUAAAAAUGAACUUUGCAAAGUAAAAUGAUAUAGUUAUGAGCUUGCUUUAAUUCCAAGUUAUACUUUUUAAGAUGGAUCUAAUUUACGGUCAUUUUUAUAAGAACAAAAUUUAUAUAAGUAAAUUAUCAGUUUAUUGCAAAACAUUAAAAAAAACAAUUGUUAUCAUUUUAAAUAAUCUUAUAUAAUUUAUUUAUAAUUAGAUUUCUAAAAACUUCAAUUUGGUUAGGAUUAAAGGUUAAUUUUUCUGACAAAUUGUUUAAAUAGACUGGGAAUGCUAUAUGCUAGGGCAAGUCUCAUUAUUAUUUUAUUUAUUUAAUUAUUUUCCUAAGCACUAUAUUUUUGUUGCUCGGUUUUAUUUUAUAUUUGUUUCUUAUUCAUUAGUCAUUUCUGAAGUAUUUUAGAUGUAAUAUUUAAAUAUUUUAUUUGACUACUUUUUGUGACCACAUUAUUAUUUAUAUGCUUUCCAUUCACCUAAUUUUUAAAGUUUUCUCUGAUAAGUAAAUAAUCAGUUUAAGUGAAACAAUUUCUUUUUUUAUUAUUAUUAAUAUUAAAAUCAGUAUUUUAUUAUUUAUGUGACUUUUUUCUCGCACACUUGGGCUGUGAUGAGAUGGAGUGUAAGAUUAAGGCAGAAAGAGCUACACUCUUUAACAGAUUUACCGAUACAUUUGGAAAUGUAUAGACUAUAUUUGAAAUCACCGGCCAUUAUAAUUUAUAGGUUUUUUAUAUUGGUAGAUUUAAAUGAUUAUGUUUCCAUGUCAAAAGAGCUGCCUUGAAUGUAUGGAUUGUAGGAUUUAUCCAUUCAUCUUACUAUCGGCUUAAAUUGGUCGGAAACCAUCCAUUUUGGAUCUUGUAAAUAGUUAUUUAUGUAAAUUAGUAUUUAUAUUAUUUAUUGAUAGAUUAAAUAAUGAAGGAUCACAAAUUUUAGCAAUUCACAAUUUCCUUUUUAUUUUUGAGCUUGGUGGUUGCCAAAGAAUAAUUUAGCUUUUUAAAUAUAUCCUUUAGAUCAGGUGUUCCCAACCAUGUGGCUGCCUUAGUUACUGGUUGCCAUGGUGAUCCUGUAUCACCGUGGCAACCAGUGACAUCAUUAAGUGGUGUUGUUUUCAUGAAGUGUUUGAUCAUUUUUAUUUAUAUAUUUAAUAAGUAAUUAGUUCAAAAUAUAAUUAUGUUCCACUGAAAAUAGUCAUUAUUGAUAUCACAGCUUUUUAACAAUAUUUUCAGUCAAUCUUCAUCAUUUUUUUUUUUAUUUCGUUUUUUGAACACUGAAUUACAGUGUUGGUAACAUGUCAUUCAACUAAUUUUAUACUCAUGUCUUAUUUUAUUUUUUGACUUUUUAAAUUAAAAUGUGUCAAAUCAAUUAUAUUAUCGCCGUAUUCUCCAAAUUAUAAAGCAUUGACCAAUGAAUGUAACUGCAAAAAUUACAUUAACUUUAGCAUUUAUUCUUUGUAGUUAACAAAAGUACUAUAUUCUGUAUAAACUGGUGAAUCUGGGCUGCAUCCCUAUUUUCAAAACUUGCUUAAUAUCACAAUUUAAUAAUUUCACAAUAAUUUUUAUUGCUUAUCUUUCUCAAAUGUCAAAAUGUUAAGAAAAAUUUUUAGUUUUUUGACAUUAGCAGAAAGACGUGAUAUAAAAAUUAUUGAGAAGUUAUUAAACUAUGAUAUAUUUUUUAUGAGUAAAUAAACAAUACUUUUUUAUAUGUUAAAAUUAUUCUUUUUGUUAUUGUUAACAAUAUCCAACAAGAAAAACUGAAAAAAUCAAAAUGGUGUCCACUGCUUGAUUAAUAACAUAUAAAUGUGUCCUUAAAGGUUGGGGACUCCUGUUUUAGAUCAUACUUGAUCCUACUAAUCUGUAUUAUUGUUUUUUAUUACCAAAGAGUUUUUUAAUUAUAAAUUUUGUUAUGUUGUCAUAAGAGAUAACAAUCUUUGUAGUUCUGGUCAUACAUGGAAGAUUUUAUUUUUGUUUGUUGUGAAAAACUUUUAUUUCUUUAAAUUUUGAAUAUUUUAUUAUUAAUGAUUUAAGAGUACACCUUAGUUUAUAAUUAU